GGCAGCAGGUGGGAACCCGGCUGGCAGAAGGACUCUCGCUUUGUUUGUUGCGCUUCGUGGGAAGCGAGAGCUGCGGGAAGGCGAUGGGGAAGCUCCAGGAGUUCGGCAUCUCUUUCACCAACAACAAAACUGUGUACAGCCCCGGGGAGUCCAUUUCUGGCUCUGUGAGGAUCGUGUUGGGCCAGCCUCUGCAGUGUAAAGCUGUCAAGGUGAACUGCCUGGGCACCUGCGGCGUGUCCAGCCGGAUGAAUGACACCACCUGGGACCUGCAGGAGCAGUACUUCAGCAGCACGCUGUCAUUGGCGGAUAAAGGCACGUUAACAAAAGGAGAACAUAGUCUUCCAUUUCAGUUUCUCAUUCCAGUUUCUGCUCCAACGUCCUAUGAGGGGGCAUUUGGAAAGAUUGUUUACAGACUGAAAGCCACCAUAGACACUCCUCGCUUUUCUAAGGACUACGAGACCCAGAUGGUCUUCUUCCUGCUCAGGCACCUCAACCUCAACGAAGUGGCUCACAUUGAGCAACCCAGCUCGGCUCAGACAACAAAGAAGUUCACGUAUCUUCUGGUGAAGACGGGGACGAUCGUGUUAAAGGCUCAGAGUGACAUGCGAGGCUACACUCCUGGCCAGGUCAUCAAACUGACUGCUCAUAUUCAAAACAUGUCUGGCAAGGACACGGGCUACAUGGUAGCCAGUCUCAUGCAGAAAGUGACUUACAAGACUAAGCGUCCCACCUGUGAUGAGAGAAUGGUCGCGGAAGUGGAGGGCGCAGGGGUCAAAGCGGGCAAGAACGUCGAGUGGAAGGAGCAGAUCAUUGUGCCAGCCCUCCCCCAGUCAGGGCUCGCGGGCUGUAAUCUCAUCACUAUAGACUACUUCGUCCAGGUGUCUGUAAAAUCACCUGAGGUGUCAGUAAGACUUCCCAUCUAUAUUGGAAACAUACCAGUCUCCUGCACCCCCAGGACUCCCGUGCAACCAGUCCUACCCACCCCGGCCCCAUGCACGACACCAGCCCCAGUUCCACUGCCCAGGUCCAGGUCCCAUGGGGUGGCUCCCACUGCCCCCCCCGCCGAAGAAGCAGUAUCUUUAGUAGCAGCGGGUAUCGCCACGCAGGAAGUCUCCACCAAGAACCACUCCCAGCAAGACCCCUGGGGCUGCCAACCGGUCAUGUCACCCAGCUCUUUCACACACACACCCAGUCAGGUUUGCACUCAAGCCCAGCUGCAACGUGGCACCUCAGCCACCUCUGGGCCCUUGUCCCACGUGUCCACGGGACCCACCGCGCCAAUCUUCUCCGAAGGGAAUUCCACACCCGUCCGCACUGUGAGCCCACUCAUCCUGCCUCCGGAGUACAGCACCGCGGGGUACCCACAAGAGCCCCCUCCCACGUAUGAAGAGAGUUGCGACAGCAACGGUGGUUCUGGCAUCAACGCAGGAGGGGGACCGGCAAGCCGGCAGCGAGAAAUGAGCCGUAGAUGAUUCACCAGCGUAGAGCACCACUACUGGAGAGUUCGGACAACGCUGUUUCCUCUUUAGUUGGGGAAAGGAUACUGCGUGUUGUUGCCCUCACCUCCGUUUCUGUGGUUUCAAAAGGAGCUUGAGUGAUUUUUGCUGCCGCCCAGCCUUUCCACUUGACAAAACACGCAGGUGUACAAAAGUCACAGAACUGGAGCUGGACUCUGAGACUGCGCAGUUCAUAGAAUGUACAGUGUAUACUUUUUAAUGCACUGCAUAAUAGCAUCUGUGAUGCAUCAGCUCUACUUUUUUAAUGCCCAAGGGUGGCCUUUACAUCAGGUGUUAAAACCAUCUAAACCUAUUUUAUAUAUGAUUAACAUAUCCAGUAUAACAGCACAAACUACCUGCUUUGCAAAACAGAAUCUCAUCUCUAUGCCUUUGCUCCAAAAUACCUUGUUGCAGCACUAACUUUUGUUCUAGUUUUACUUGGACAUUCUCUAAUGUGUCUAUGCUUACUUUUCUGUCGCAAGAGCCAUUUAAGUAAAUAGCAGCCAGCUGAUCUUUAUGCCAACUUUUGGCAAAGGUUUUACCAAGGAGCAUGAGUCAUUAAGUUACUUGGAGUGAUGUGAGGUCUAGAGUGGUCAUGAGGCUGCAAUAAAACUGAUUGCUUUGUGGAUACUGAUGGCAAUACCUACAUUUCGGUCCUGGGACUGUUGGACUGAAAUGGAAUUGAAAUGAACUGAAAUUUAACCUGCGAUGGAUCGGAAACGCCACUUUUGAAUAAGGCCCCAGUCGCGAAGCAACGACCAUCAAUGCCUUACAUUCUUGCAAACAGAAUAUUUUUUUUUUUUUUUUUUUUGUCUUUUUGUC